ACCGGGACAACAGCUUUGUUCUUCGCCGCUCAGGGCGGAUACAUGGACAUCGCGGGUCUGCUUUUGGAACACGGCGCGAUCGUGGAUUCGUGCAGCAUAGACGGCGGCACGCCGCUCUUCGUCGCAUGUCAGUACGGUCAUCUGGACGUGGUAGAGGGCUUAAUAGAGAGAGGCGCCUGUCCGAACGCUCAUAUGAAGGACGGUGCCACGGCAUUGUUCAUCGCUGCCCAAAACGGCCACCUUCGUAUUUUGGAAGUCCUCCUGGAGCACGGAGCGAAGACAGAUGCGGUAAGAACGGACGGUGCUACACCGCUAUGGAUCGCAUCGCAAAUGGGACACGAUCACGUCGUUAGGAGGCUGUUGAGAGCCGGCGCGAAGGUCGACGCCACGAGACACGACGGCGCAACCCCGCUUUUCAAAGCCGCCCACAAGGGUCACACUGCCGUGAUCGGCGAGUUGCUCAAGUACCGUCCUUCACUUGGUAUUCUCCCGAACGGCGAAAGUGCUUUACAUGCGGCAGCCUUGACGGGACACAUGACGGUUGCGAGGCAGCUCGUGGGAGCGGGGGCUGAUCCUUUGCUCGUAAAUCAGGAGGGCAUCACGCCGCUUCAACUGGCCGUCCGACACUCACAGACGCAAGUCGCCAAUUACCUGAGGGAUAAAGUAAGAGUGCGAACCGCAUCCUGUUAGCGAUACUUCCUUUAUCUUGAUAUUAUCAUGUCGAAAAUCUCGAUAUUCGACGAGCUCGACUCGACGAUCGCAGUAUUUUGAAGCAAGAUGUAAG